ACCAAUGGCGCGCACACUCUGUUAGACUUAGAGACAGAGAGGAUAGAAAAAUGGCGGUUCUGACUCUACCACACUGUUUUCCAUUACAAUCGGUCAACGGUCGGAAUAAAGGUGAGCUAAAACAGAGUAAAUGUGGUGGUCGUUGGUGGUGUACGGUUGCCGCACAGCAGCAGGAGUUGUGCACGCAAUUUGAGAGAAUAAGGAUCGAUAAAUCGGCUUUGAAGUUGGAAGAAGCAUGCUCAGAUGCGGAGCUUUGGGCCACUUCGCUUCUUCGAGUGAGAUCCUUCUACGAUUUCAAGUCAUCUUUUGGAAUCGAAGAUCAUAAAAAGUAUUUGGCUGAACAUGAGUUUGAAGCUUUGAAAGAACGUCUUGCUGGUACAAAGGAAGGUCAAAAGGUCUCUUGCAUCAAUGCCACACUACCAAUCUCACAAACAAGGAAUUUUCCAGACGAGCUAUGUUCUUCAUCUAAGUUUUCAGACAAUGGAGAAGAUCGAGUUGUUGUUGGGACUCUGGAUCUUAAUCGGUGUUUGAGCCUCCCUAAUGAGAUAACAGGAAUAAAGCCAAAGGGAAUCGAGGGUGAUAUUGCGAGGGGGUAUCUAAGUAAUGUAUGUGUUGUGAAGGAAUGCCAGAGGAACGGGCUUGGUUUGUUGCUUGUGGAGAAAUCAAAAUCAGUAGCACAAGAUUGGGGGAUUAGUGAUUUGUAUGUGCAUGUUGCUGUUGACAAUAAUGCGGCCAGAAAUCUGUACACGAAAUGUGGGUUCACUUAUGAGAGUGAAGAACCCGCAUGGCAGGCAAGGUUUCUUGAUCGCCCGCGAAGGCUUCUUCUCUGGAUUGGUAUUCCCAACCAUUAGGACUCGUAACUUCAAAUCAUUAUAUAUAAGAAAAAAACUUGUUUUUCCUGUAUGUAAAAAAGUAGUUGUAAUUGUGAUAUAUAUAUAU